AUGAGUGACAAACCGGAUGAUGAAAUCGAUCCUCAACCAGCUGAUUUAUUAAAAGAUUCAACAUUAAAUUCGAUUGAUGAUAACAGUCAAUUUAAAUAUGAUGAUGAGUCGCAAAGGCUUUCUUGUGUUGGUUCGCAUUUUGAUGAUAUUCCACCAAGUAUUAUUGAAGAAUUUUCAUAUCUUAGUACAAUUGCGCAAAAUCGUCUUGAUGAAGAACACGAACGUUAUAUUGCAACAUAA